AUGAAAUGGCCCGAGCUUGUCGCCGCACAAAACAAUUUUCAUUUCAAAUUCUUUUCAUCUGACUUUCUUUGCACUCUGCACCCCGUAUCAGCACCAAGAUCAGCACCACUGUCGGCACCACUCCCAGCUCCACUCCCAGCUCCACUCCCAGCUCCACUCCCAGCUCCUUCUCGACUCCGUCCGAACAGCACUACAAUGGCCACCACAGCGCAAUCAGCCAUUCCCAGAGUCUUCGCUGUCGCGGAGCUGCUUGAGAACAUCUUGCUAAAACUGCGUCCAACGACCACAAAGAGCGUCGACAAUGGCUCCACCAGUCUCGAUGUAGACUUCAGUGCUUCGGCAAACUCUCUCAAAGGUAAUACCAACUGGGCUGAUGGCUUGGAGGAUCUUUUCGUGGCCAAGCGUGUUUGCAGGAGAUGGAAGGAGGUCAUUCAGGGUUCUGUCAACAUUCGCCGCUCGAUGCUGCUAGAUUACACUGACCCAAGCGAAAAUACCGACCACCGCAUGUCCGGAGCUGCACCCAGCUAUACCCUGCCAUGCCAGGUAAGUCCGCCAGCAGGAUUAUUUACCACCACGACUACUCAGCAAGGCGAGACAAGCACCAUGAUUGAAAUCCAUAUCAAGGAGCACAUCAAGAGGGGGCCACAAUACAGCCCAAGGAACCCCAAAACCGACUACAUUGGCUGCGAAUCGACGGGUUCGCCAUGCAAACAGCCCCAACAGUCCCUCAGUAUGGCAUCAUUCCGCAAGAAGAGAGCAUACCACCUCUCCUCCAUCAUGUCUUGGCGACGCAUCAAGGCCCUCACCACGCCCGAAAAAAUCCAGAUCGUCGUCCAAAUCUCAGCAGGAUCACACAUCCCCUACAAAAGCACCAUCAUCCUCGGCCGCUCCACUCUGCUCGGACAAGUCUACGACGCCCUCGAAACGAUUCUGAGUCGCACCACCGAGACCCACACCUUCAGAAGCCGCCUCACCUGGCAAACCACCGACUCACUCCAAUGGGCAGCAGAAGCCUGGAGCGGAGGAGGUGUGGAGGAGGACGACGAGGUGGCAGAGGGCCUCCGACUGGUAGAGAAGCACAAUUCUCUGCCCAAUUGCGGCAAGAACGUCGGAAACUGCGUUUUUUGCACCGCUGUCGGGGUCCUGGAGAGUGGAGAUAAGGGCGCAGAGGAGGCUGCCGAGGGAGAGGCCGGAGAAUUAGGGGUGCUUUCGGUUGGGGGGGGGGGGGGGGGGGAUUGUAAUUCUUGGGUGGAGCGAAGAGUGGAGAUGAGUGGGUGUGAAUUUUUUGCUUUUUUUUUCUUUACUUGGGAUUGGGGUGAGAAUGGAGAUGAAUGCAUAGGCCUGGGAGGGGGUGAGGACCGAAGAAUGGAGUUGAAUUGCAUAUGCACCUGUCUCUUUUCCACCUGCAACCGCCAUUUUUUAUUAUUCCUUCGGCGCGGAAGUAGCCUCGAAGGACGUUUGCUUCUUUUCUACCUGUAA